AUGUCUCAGAGCCUUCAACAGCUCUCGAAGUCGGCGCUGUCACCCAGGGGACCCCAGGCUGUGAACGUACUCAGGGUGCAUCCAGAGCAGGUGUUUGACUGUGCGACCAGACACAUCGACUUGGAUUCCAUGGCAGUCUCCAAACAGAUAACAUACAAGAUCGUCACAGCGAAGAGCAACGCUUCUAUCCCCCAAAAGGUCAUUGAGUCCGAUCCCUGCAAGGAAUACCGCCUGACCCCUGACCAGUUUGAUCUAUAG